GAUAGGGCUUAAAGUUUAUUCGCGCCAAAAUAUUGACUAUAAAUCUGGUAUAAUAACAGUGCCUACCGUUGUAAUCACACAAUAGCAAGUUGGAAUCAGUUAAUAGGGAUGGCGACUCUUCAACCUAUAAUUCCUUUUAAGUCACGAAAAAGAACUUACUAUAAUGAAAAUAAAGGCAAAAUCAAUAAUGAAAACGAAAAUUUUCUUAACAUAGAAGCAAAGGUUGAUCUCAAUAAUUCUGAAGAAGAAACAUGUUCUCCAAAGAAAAUCUCUAAAAGGAAAGAUAAUGCAAAGUCUAUUCUUGAAGAAACAAUCACGACUAAUAAUAAAUUAGAAGAAAAAAAGUAUACUCUAAAACCUCUAGUGAGUAGGGAAAAAGAAAUAGAAUGGUUGACAAAUUUUUUAAUUGAACACCUGGACAAAGAACAAUCUGCAUCUUUAUAUAUUUCUGGACAACCUGGUACUGGCAAAACAGCAAGUUUAACAUAUAUAUUACAAAUACCAAAGAUACGUGAGGGAUAUAAACAAGUAUACAUAAACUGUACCAUGAUGAAGUCAGCAGCUAGUAUUUAUAGUAGAAUUUGUAAAGAACUGCAUGUGCCAACCACUGGGACCAGUGAAAAGGCUUGCUUUAAUGCCCUCGAGAAAUAUUUGUUUAAGAAACAUAAAAUGAUAGUACUAGUUCUAGAUGAGAUAGAUCAGCUGGACAGUAAGCGUCAGUGUGUAUUGUACACGUUGUUCGAGUGGGGAGCGCUGCCUUCGCGGAUGGUUCUUGUUGGAGUGGCCAACGCUCUGGACCUCACUCAGCGCGCCCUCCCACGCCUACAAGCAAGCCUGAGGCCGACUACCAUGCAUUUUCCGCCAUAUACUAAGGAACAGAUCAUUAAUAUAUUCACCAGCACUCUCGCUGAUGAUAUGAAGAAUAUGUUUUCGCCGGUCGCCCUUCAAAUGUUGGCUGCCAAAAUUGCUGCAGUAUCCGGGGACAUGAGACGUGCAUUGGACAUAGGACGUAGAGUGAUCGACUUGGCGAGACGAAGUAAAUUUUCUGAAAACCGAUCAAUUGACGAUAUGAUGAAGGAUUCAUCUGUGACGGUGGAGCUCAAACAAGUCCUGGAAGUGUUGAACGACGUGUAUGGGAGUUCGAGGAAAAUCGACAACGAUGUGGACGAAGGACUUCCUAUGCAGCAAAAACUAAUAUUAUGCAGCCUCAUGCUGAUGUUGAGUAAAGGAAGAAACAAAGAAAUCAUCAUGGGAAAGUUGCACGAAGUUUAUAAAAGAGUUGCGGAGAGUCGUAAUAUAGCGCCUCUGGAGCUGAGCGAGAUGUGCAGUGCUGUGUCGCUGCUGGAAGCGCUGGGAGCGGUCACAGUGGGAGGGGGCGGCGCGGGGCGGACGGCGGGGCGAGGCCGGCGGGUCAGGUUACGCUGGCACGAGGACGAACUCGCCGCUGCUUUGAAAGAUCGACCGCUGCUCUCUACCAUACUCGCAGACACCUCCUGUCUGACUUCUCAUUAGACAGUCAUAACUGUCAUAUUAGAUAUAACUAUUAUUAUAUAUUUAACGACUUUAUUAUAAUGAAAAGAUCUCUGUGUUUAAUUCUAUGUUAUACAAGUUUAGCUUAAAUCUGAGAACAUACGUUAUUGAGGGUAAUGUAAACGGAUGCCUUACUAUUUAUAAGUAUUGUUUAUAUUUAAACUAUUACGUAAUUGAGUUAUUAUUCGGUUAUCUAAUCUAAUAAUAUUAUGUAGUUUUACAUCAAUUUUAAUGACGACUUUUAUUAUAACGACCUCACAUAUGUGUUACAGACAUCAUACACAUUGGACAUGGUUCCGUUUUAAUAUAAUUGAAUUGUUAAAUAUUAUGUUCACUUCCUAACUCUGUCGUAACAUUUUAAAGAAAUCAAAAAGAAUGUAUUUAAAUACUAAUAAGCUGAAUGUUAUUUGCUUCCUGACUAUUAAGAACUUAUAAAGAUGUCUUUCAUCAAGUAAAAGUAAUAAAGAAAUGUCAUUUAGUAAUAAAAUAGCGAUAAAAUUUAUCGAAUGCCCAUAUUUGAUAAUACUUUCUCAAUAAAAGGUUUCUCCAAUAUUUAUAGCUUACAAAAGUAUAUAACUUGAAUCUGUGUUUUUUAUUUUUUUUGCAAUAUAUCUCCUCGUGAUUGAUUGACAAAUAUUUAUUUAUUGUUUUAUAAUGACAUUCUCUUUAAUAAAAUUUUUAAUACAUAUCACUACAUAACAUACGGCUUUCUUAUUUAUAUUAUUAAUUUUAAAUAGUUCCGUUAACAACUAUUGUAAUGUGCCUCUGUGUCUAUUCAGCAUUAUAUAGUGUAGUGAAAAUAUUUUAAAUACAAUAGGCCGUUAUUAAUGUAUAUUUUGUUAUUUACGUCAUAGCAUAUUAAAAAACUUUCUCGUCGCUGAACAUUUUGUAUUAAACUUUUUAUAUAUAUUUGUUUGUUAUCUCCGCCCCUAUACUGUUAUAUCAGUGGCUGUAUUGAAUGUAACCUUUGAUUGUAUUGUAUACUACUUAUUGAAUUGUUCUCUAUUACAUUUCUGUGGAAUAUUGUGUAACUAUGAUAACCUUAAUGUUAUGUAUUCAGUGUUUGUUUUGUUUUUGUGUUCUUUAUUGUGUUUUUUUUUGUGUCGCUGAUAUUUUAACUUUAUGACAUCGUGUAAUUUUUCUGAUUUGUCUUUAAAUGGAUUUAAUAAUAAAAUAUUUUUUUUAAA